AUGUGGAUGAGUGUGGAGCAAUUUCGGGCGUGUGCGACGGCGGCGACUGCACCAACACCGCGGGCAGCUACGUCUGCACCUGCCCACGAGGCUUCAUGACCAGCCCUGAUGGCUCACGUUGCAUUGACCAGCGCAUCGGGACGUGCUUCUCGGCGCUGAUCGGGGGACGCUGUGCUGGGGACCUCCCUGGCCAGUACACCAAGAUGCAGUGCUGCUGUGACUCUGGGCGCUGCUGGGCCAUUGGCCAGACCCCUGAGAUGUGUCCUGUCCGUGGCUCAGAUGAGUACCGCAGGCUCUGCAUCGAAGGACUCCCAGUCAUGCCAGGCUUCCCUGGGAACUUUCCAGGAAUCCCUGGAUUUGGGCCCAAUGGUGUUGGGCCAGGACUCAACGGGCCUGGAGGCAUCGGCCCAAAUGGGGCAAACGGACAAGGAGGGAUCCCAGGCCUGCCUGGAAUGGGCCCAGGAAGUUCAAGCAUUGGAACUGCCACCUUGAACCAGACCAUUGACAUCUGCAAGCACUUCACCAACCUGUGCCUCAACGGUCGCUGCAUCCCCACCCCGUCCAGCUACCGCUGCGAGUGCAACAUGGGCUACAAGCAGGACGUGCGUGGGGAGUGCAUUGACGUGGAUGAGUGCUCCAGCAGCCCCUGCGUGCACGGAGACUGCGUGAACACACCUGGCUCCUACCACUGCAAGUGCCACGAGGGCUUCCAGAGCACCCCCACCAAGCAGGCAUGCAUUGACAUUGAUGAGUGCAUCAUGAACGGGGUGAUGUGCAGGAACGGGCGCUGCGUCAACACCGACGGCAGCUUCCAGUGCAUCUGCAAUGCUGGCUUUGAAAUCACUCCUGAUGGCAAGAACUGUGUUGAUCAUGAUGAGUGUGCCACAACCAACAUGUGCCUCAAUGGGAUGUGCAUCAACGAGGAUGGAAGCUUCAAAUGCAUCUGCAAGCCUGGAUUUGUGCUGGCACCCAAUGGGCGCUACUGUGUCGACAUAGACGAGUGUGAGACCCCUGGGAUCUGCAUGAAUGGCUGGUGCAUCAACACGGAGGGCUCGUUCCGCUGCGAGUGCCUGGGGGGCCUGGCGAUCGGCGUGGACGGACGCGUCUGCGUCGACACUCACAUGCGCAGCACCUGCUACGGGGCCAUCAAGAAAGGCUCCUGUGCUCGUCCCUUCCCUGGAGCAGUCACCAAGUCAGAGUGCUGCUGUGCCAACCCAGACCAUGGCUUUGGAGAGCCCUGCCAACCCUGCCCAGCUAAAAAUUCCGCUGAAUUCCAGGCUCUCUGCAGCAGUGGCAUUGGAAUAACAGCUGAUGGCAGAGACAUCAAUGAGUGUGCCCUGAACCCAGACAUCUGCCCCAAUGGCAUGUGUGAGAACCUGCGUGGGAGCUAUCGCUGCAUCUGCAACUUGGGCUACGAGUCUGAUCCCACGGGCAAGAACUGUGUGGAUGUGGAUGAGUGCACUGUCAAUCGGCUGCUGUGUGACACCGGCCUGUGCCGCAACACCCCUGGCAGCUACACCUGCACCUGCCCCAAGGGCUUUGUCUUCAGGACUGAGACAGACACCUGUGAAGACAUCAACGAGUGCACCUCCAACCCCUGUGUGAACGGUGUCUGCAGGAACAACGCUGGUUCCUUCGCUUGCGAGUGCUCCCCGGGCAGCAAACUGGACCCCAGUGGCACCAUCUGUGUGGACAGCAUGAAAGGAACCUGCUGGCUGAACAUCCAGGAUGGACGUUGUGAGGUGAACAUCAACGGGGCCACGCUGAAAUCUGAGUGCUGUGCCACCCUGGGAGCAGCCUGGGGCAGCCCCUGCGAGCGCUGCGAGAUCGACACUGCCUGUCCCCGGGGAUAUGCCAGGAUGAAGGGAGUCACCUGUGAAGAUGUGAAUGAGUGUGAGGUGUUCCCUGGGGUCUGCCCCAACGGGCGCUGUGUGAACUCAGCUGGCUCCUUCCGCUGCGAGUGUCCGGAGGGACUGACCCUGGAUGGCACUGCCAGGACAUGUGUGGAUGUGCGUGUGGAGCAGUGCUACAUGAAAUGGGAUGAAGAUGAGUGCACAGAACCUCUGCCUGGCAAGUACAGGAUCGACAUGUGCUGCUGCUCCGUGGGCUCAGCUUGGGGCAUUGACUGUGAGGAGUGUCCCAAGGUUGGCUCCAGUGAGUACAAGGCCAUCUGCCCCAGGGGACCAGGCUUUGCCAACCGUGGAGAUGUGCUCUCAGGGAGACCCUUCUACAAAGAUGUGAAUGAAUGUAAGGUCUUCUCUGGCCUGUGCACUCAUGGGACCUGUCGAAACACCAUCGGCAGCUUCAGGUGUAUCUGUGGCAAUGGUUUUGCCUUGGAUGCCGAGGAGAGGAACUGCACAGACAUCGACGAGUGUCGCAUCUCCCCAGACCUGUGUGGCCAUGGCACCUGUGUCAACACCCCAGGGAGCUUUGAGUGUGAGUGCUUCGAGGGCUACGAGAGUGGCUUCAUGAUGAUGAAGAACUGCAUGGAUAUCAACGAGUGUGAGCGAGACCCGUUGCUGUGCCGAGGUGGAAUCUGCAUGAACACUGAUGGCAGCUUUGAAUGCAUCUGCCCCCCUGGCCAUGAGUUGACUUCUGAAGGCAACACCUGCAUAGAUAUCAACGAGUGCUCCCUCAGUGACAACCUGUGCCGCAAUGGUCGCUGCGUCAACGUCAUCGGCACCUACCAGUGCUCAUGUGACUCAGGGUUCCAGGCCACGCUGGACAGGCAGGGCUGUGUUGACAUCGAUGAGUGCACCAUAACCAACGGGGGCUGUGACACCCAUUGCUCCAACUCGGAGGGCAGCUAUGAGUGCAGCUGCAGUGAAGGUUAUGCCUUGAUGCCAGACAAGAGAUCCUGUGCAGAUAUUGAUGAAUGUGAGGACAACCCAGACAUCUGUGAUGGUGGGCAGUGCACCAACAUCCCCGGGGAGUAUCGCUGCCUCUGCUUCGAUGGCUUCAUGGCAUCCCUGGACAUGAAGACCUGUAUUGAUGUGAAUGAAUGUGAUCUCAACCCCAACAUCUGCCUCCACGGCGAGUGUGAGAACACCAAGGGCUCCUUCAUCUGCCACUGCCAGCUGGGCUACUUUGUUAAGAAGGGAACCACAGGCUGCACAGACAUCGAUGAGUGUGAGAUUGGGGCCCACAACUGUGACAUGCACGCGUCCUGCAUCAACGUCCCCGGCAGCUUCAAGUGCAAGUGCCGCACGGGCUGGCUCGGAGAUGGGCUGAAGUGCAACGACCUGGAUGAAUGUGCAACUGAAGAGCAUAAGUGCAACCUGAAUGCCAACUGUGUCAACACUCCUGGCUCCUACCGCUGUGCCUGCCGAGAGGGCUUCAACGGCGAUGGCUUCUCCUGCUCAGAUGUGGAUGAGUGUGCAGACAACGUGAACCUGUGUGAGAAUGGGCAGUGCCUCAACGCCCCCGGCGGGUAUCGCUGCGAGUGUGAGAUGGGCUUCAACCCCACAGAGGACAGCAAGGCCUGCCAGGACAUUGAUGAAUGCACCUUCCAGAACAUCUGUGUCUUUGGGACCUGCCAGAACCUUCCUGGGAUGUUCCGUUGUGCCUGUGACGAUGGUUAUGAGCUGGACAGGAGUGGAGGCAACUGCACAGACAUCAAUGAGUGUGCAGACCCUGUCAACUGCAUCAAUGGGCUGUGUGUCAACACCCCUGGCAGCUACCUCUGCAACUGCCCUCAGGACUUUGAGCUGAACCCCACCGGUGUGGGCUGUGUGGAUACUCGUGUUGGGAACUGCUUCCUGGACACCCAGGACCGAGGAGAUGGAGGGAUCUCCUGCAGUGCAGAGAUUGGAGUUGGGGUCACUCGUGCAUCCUGCUGCUGCUCUCUGGGCCGAGCCUGGGGCAACCCCUGUGAGCUGUGUCCUCCAGCCAACACCACUGAGUACAAGACCUUGUGCCCUGGAGGAGAAGGUUUCAGGCCUAACCCCAUCACUGUCAUCUUGGAAGAUAUUGAUGAGUGCCAGGAGCUGCCAGGGCUGUGCCAAGGUGGCAACUGCGUCAACACCUUCGGCAGCUUCCAGUGCGAGUGUCCCCUGGGCUACUACCUCAACGAAGACACAAGGAUCUGUGAAGAUAUUGAUGAGUGCUCUGCCCACAUUGGGAUCUGUGGCCCUGGGACCUGCUACAACACCCUUGGCAACUACACCUGUGUGUGUCCUCCUGAGUACAUGCAGGUCAACGGGGGAAACAACUGCAUGGGUAUGGCAUGACAUUGCUACCGCAACUACAACGACACAUGUGAGAACGAGCUCUCCUUCAACAUGACCAAGAAGAUGUGCUGCUGCUCCUACAACAUUGGCAAGGCCUGGAACAAGCCCUGUGAGCCCUGUCCCACACCAGCCAGCCCGGAGUACCAGAUCCUGUGUGGGAACCAAGCCCCAGGGUUUAUCAUCGAUAUCCACACAGGGAAGCCCAUUGAUAUUGAUGAGUGCAGUGAGAUCCCUGCCAUCUGCACCAACGGGGUCUGCAUCAACCAGAUCGGCAGCUUCAGGUGUGAGUGUCCCAUUGGCUUCAGCUACAACAACAUCCUGCUCAUCUGUGAAGACAUCGACGAGUGCAGCAGUGGGGAGAACCUGUGCCAGCGCAACGCCGACUGCAUCAACAUCCCAGGCAGUUACAGGUGCGAAUGCUCCACUGGAUACAAGCUGUCGCCCAGCGGAGCCUGCGUGG